UAGGAAUCGGCCUUGUACUAGAUGUCAAAAAUAAGGACAGCCAUAAGGGCAUCGCGCGCGCCAAGAUUUUUGAGGUUGAGGGCAUUAUGUCGAAAGAUUGUCUCCGCCCUUGAGUUUGUCUUCUUUGAUAGCAGGAUGGAAUCAGUAAGACAUGCAACAGUCUUACGCGCGGCGACCACUAGGCUGCAGAAAGGAGAGAGCUUCGUACCAGACUGCAGUCUGUGGGGGUGUCAGCGGCAUCCAUAGUCCGUCUUUCUUGGAGAGCAGGACCGACGAGAAGAGGAACAGAUGCGGUGGAUCAUGAUGUAGUACACACAUUGUCUCUUGGAAUUCGAGAGGAGGAACAGAUGGAUGCUUUGGAAUUGCAUUUUCUUCUCCUUCGCUAGCUCAAGAACACGAUGUUGGAUCUCCAUCAGAAAUACUCGCCCAACUCUAGCCACCGACCUUGUAUCAAAAUCAACAUGACGACAUCUACUUCGCAACAUCAAGGGGACCACAAUGCUUCGGCGCUCUGUACCUCCAGUUACAAUCGAAACAUGGCUUCGCAGCAGGAGAAUGCGUCGCUCUGUACUUCCAGUAACAACAUGUCGCUGCUACCUGAGGGUGUUUUUUCCGCUGCAGAUCUCCUUCGAGUGCGCGGCGAACCAUCAGCAGCUCGCGGCGAACCAUCAGCAGCCACGGUAUCGUCUUGUCUGGCGCUGCUAGAGUCGCAGAGAGUAGAGGAUGGCAUGAUGCUGUGCGACGAUGGAGAUCAUGACCGUAGACCACAGGAGUCAGCAAAGGCAAACUAUCGCACAGAGGAUGUCGUGGAUCCAGCACCUUAUUUGCAGCAAGAAGCAAGUAAAAGAGUGCAGAUCCUUCCGUUUUCAUCCGCGUCGCAGGAAGAACUAGUACAAGAUGCUGUAAAAAAUGCAAGUGGUCGUGUCCUCAGCAAAGAGCAGAUGCAGAAUCAUGUCCAUGAUGCCCAUCACGAUCGCAGCGAUGCCGAGGAGCAGCACACUGAGAAGACGCUUCUAGCUUUGAGGAAUUUUUGUGGCCUGCGUCCUGAGUGCAGCUAUGCGAGUGCUCGUUUCGGAAGAAAGCAGGUCCGACUUUACAUCCCGAUGUUUCUACGUGAUCCUGAGAGAGUGUUUGGAGACCUCUGUAGAGAUUUGGGUAUUGGUGCAGCACCUUCUAUUAAGUUUGAAAUCAAAUACAAAUAUUAUAAUUUCUGUUUGUUCAUUUCUUUUUCUACGUGCUAGAGCUAGUUUUCUCUCUUAACUUACGUGCUUUUCUACGUAGAAAUGUUGAAAUGUCUCAACCUUUAACUCUGCGUCUGCUUCGAAGACGCAUCCUGCGUCUGCUUCUUUGACAUCACCAGGGGAUCGAUAUGGAUCCGAUUUAGAGUUAAGAAGUCGCGCUGAAUUGGCGCUUGCAGAGCAACAGCAAGCGGAAUUGUCAGCACGCAUCCGGAAGAAAGUUCUACAAACUCUUCGUCUCGGUCUGUUGCAUAAUGGGAAUGCGUCUUCCUCUCCGCAAACUACCAGGGAUGAACGCGAAACCCUGUACAGAGAUGUUGUGUCGUUACUUCUGGGUGAUUUCGGAGCGCCGUUGGUUAACCAUGCAUGUGCGAAGCAUUCGGAUGAUGUCCGCAGCCAAGUCAGCGCCUCUCCACCUGCGACCUCCGAGGACCCGCCGACAUUGCUCGUAACGUCUCCUGUGCAUCCGUACACCUACAGCACGUGCGAUAAUUCGAAUUCCGAAUUGGUCGCGAGUGGGUCGAGGUAUGCUAAUUCAAUGCUUGGGACGGGUGAUGUAGUUGGACUUGGAGAGCUAAGUGACCUCCCGCAGGCCGCUUCCACUGCAGUGGUUUUCGAGCAGCAUAUUACACAGGAGACGACUGAAGGAGGUGACAGGAGACCUGAGGAGGAUGAAACCAAACUAGAUGAGAUGCAUCACCACGUGAGAGAAGUACUAGUAAAACGAGAACAGAUCGUUUUACAUCGAGCACCGUAUGAUCGUGAGGCCGCUGAACCAAAUCGAAGCCAGGAUUCGCCUGAAGGCGAUGUUGACGCGGGGUUCUCAGCACUAUUGCCGGCGCAGCAUCGAGCUACAUCCGUCUUGCGCCCAGGUGGAGAGAGGCCACCUCCUCAGCAUAGCAGACUACUCUCGGGAUCGCCUUUGGAAGAAGUGUGUGCGGCUGAGCGGGCGGUGCAACACGAAGGCGAAGCGACAACCUUGUUCCUGAACGACUACGACGGAAACAAUGGUAAAACUAGGAGUAGUUCUUGUUGUCAGGAGGAGGACCGCGUCCACAACCACGACACGACGAUUACUAAUACUCGAGGAAGUGAUCAUUUGGAGCUGACUUCGACACCAAGAGCAGACGUUUUGCAAGCGUUGGGCCCUACCGACACAUCUGUAGUCCUCAUGCGAAAUGACCCAACAGGAGCACACCAUUCUUCAGGGAGCACAUCCGCAUCGCAGCAGCACGAAAGAGGGAUGCGAAAUGUUCUUGAUCACGAAGAUGACAGCCUCAGCCGCUACCUCAAAGAUGAUCAUACGUCGGAGAUGAAUGAAGAUUGCUUUCUCCGAAGUGUGGACGAUCUCGAACGGAGAGUUGACGCUGCUCUCGCAGGCGUUACGCAGUGCAAGCAGCAGGAUGUUGAAAAAGAGCUAGUGGAUUGCGACAACCUAGGAAGUUCGUUUGUGCACAUGCGGACGUCGCAGGAGCAGGAGGGGGAACGAAAGGAAGACGAAUUGGGUACUAGAGUAGAUGUAGGAAUGCGACGAGAAGCUGAAAUAGUAGUAGAAGGACACUCUCUCGCUCCUGAAGAGUCAGGAACGUCAUCUCUUCCUGUUCAUCUUCCCUCUUGUUCUUCUUCAUUGCCCGCCUCUUGCGUCUCUUCAAAGAAACUGUUCUCUGACCGAAUUUUCUCGAACGCCGCAAGUCCAGCCUCUCCAGCACAGGAAUCCACCCACGAAUCGCCACAGCUCGCUAGUCCGGCCGCACCUGGAAGUGGGAAAAAUGGACCGCGAAAUUCGCAGAUGAAUGGAUCGCGAACGACUAAGACAGUGACAUCGACCAAGACGACGAGCGCCAUGUCGACAUCAAAUGUGUCGUGCAGUUCUUCGGCAACAUCAUUUGGGCUGACUUCUAAAGGUUAUGGGUUGUUGUUUGCUCCAAGGGCAACUCGCCGACCACCUGCUGACCACCCUGCGAAUACUGCAGAAAGAAGCAUAGGCACAACCACGUCUAGUCCGAGUGUGCCACCGCAGCUUGGCAACGCAGUUUCGGUCGAGGACCUCUUGCCGGCUGAGCAGAACGAUGGACGUUGUCCGAGUGAAGCUGACGCCAUCAAGGGACCUGUCGAAGCCAGUCAGGCACAACAAGCCACGACUUUCUUACCCUUUCCCAUACUACAAACAGGCUCUGUUUCUCCGGUGCAUUUGCUACACAGCGUCGAAUCUUCGCUAGCAAGAGACGCGCGCCAUCCACGCGACACAACGAAUGGUGGGGCGUCCGGGUACUUCUAAGUCUUGACUUGAUCAUGAUCAAGAGGAAUCUCCUCAGUUGGGCUUGCUUUGUGUGCUGACGCUAUUGAAGAUACUCAUCGUUCUAAUACUCCGAGUAUCGCUCUUGAUGACUUCAACCGACUAAGUGUAACCUAUAGCGUAAUAAUAAGUCAGGAACAGGGUCAGAUUUUUAGAAGACAUUGGAUACAUGAUACCAUAAGCGCAAUUUGAUCUGUAAUCCCACAGCUCCAGAGCCGCAGAGCGUCAGCCGCGUGGCCAGCACUCAUCGUCGUCUUCACGGUCGGGCAGUGCAGAAGAGGCGCUUUUUUACCCUGUACGGAACGUAGUCGUGCCACCCUCGUCAUCGAAAAGCGGCGCAAGUGGUGCUGCUGGCAUGUCGAUGAGCGCAAACGCAAGUGGUCCUAUAAUUGGUGGAGUUAGUAAUGGUAGUUCGCUUUCUGUUUCACCCACUGGUCGUGGUUUGUCCGGAGGUGCCUUCGUGUCGCCACGCCAAAGUCACUCGCAUAGUGCGCUUUUGCAGUGCGAUGACGCGAUGCUACGGCCACCCUCAUUGAAUCUCUGUGAACAAUCCGCAUUGCUGAACCACAGCGCCAUUCUGAGAGGAGACAGCAGUUCUAGGCAGGCAUCAAAAGAUCACGCAUCAAAAGAUCAUCAGGCAGACAACCCAAUACUGCACAAUCCACAAUCCACCCGACUUGGAGGCGACGCUAAACUAAGUCGGAGUGGAGGAACGUCUUCGCAAUUGUUAGGCCCAGCUCGUUUAGAAGUGCCGCGUCUUGUACUGUAUUCAGCACGUUCAUAUGAUUAUGAGCACGAUGAUGAAGUAGAUUUAGAUAGUAGACCGCUCCGUCAAGAACACGAACAACUACAGGACCUGCCAGCAGAGCAGCAGAAUAAUACAGCAAGUGCAACAAGAACAAGGGCAGCUGCUCAAGGUGGUCGGGUACCGUCCUCGCCAUCGUAUGAAGAUUACUACUCUAGCAAGGAGCGACCGUUGUUUUUGCAGAAUGCGUCAGCGUCGAGCUCAACUCAUUCGGUGGAACGAGAGCUGGAACGGAAGCGGCGCGAUCUGAAGAAAGCGCAGCGCGACUUGUUCGAUAUCAUUGGUUCCGCUUCUCAGUCGAAAACCAAUUCGAGGAGUGCUUCUCCAGUAGAUCAACAUUUUUAUACAGGAAUUGCUCCUUGUUCACCUUCGGUUGAGCAGCGACAAGGACAGCAUUCACUUCAGCAAAAGAGCUAUAAUGUUUCUGAGAGUUCAGCGCCUUUUCUUGAGCCCGUAGCGAAACCGCAGCACGCUGUGAAUGCGGUGUCUUCGAGAAUAAAUCUAAGCGACCGUGGUCGUGUUGAGAGCGACAAAGUCGUCAGCUUGCAGCUGCAUGAUAACGACCACGUCGAGGUAACCACGAGUAAGACAGCAUCACAGCGUGUUACUCUUCAAAAUCUGCAGGGCAUAAUGGAACAAGGAGGACCUCGAGGUGCGGUAAACGAGAUGAAUACAACAACGGUAGACGAGAAACACACGAUUACUAGCACCUUCGCUUCUGGCGAUAGGUGGCGCGCAGAACAAUCUCACGUCAAUUUACUGGAUGGUCGGCGAGGAGGAAGUUAUGCGUCUACUUUUCCUUUUCCUGCUGGUGGAGUAGGAGUAGGCCCUCCUACGGGACCUGUCGCAAGCGCAUCAACCGACGACCUGCAUGUUCCAGCGCUCUCCCAGCACAACCAGGCCUCCUGCAUGUCUCCUGUUGAAGCAGCUAGAAACGAACAUGUACUUGUGGAGGAAACAGCUCCAGUCAUUGGAAUGAAGCCGCGCGCAGAUAGUUGCACGUCGAGCGUUUAUCCAGGCCGUUCUCCUGAGGACUGGAAGAGUCGUGAAGAAGAAGUAAGGGCGCUUGAAAUACAAACAGGUGCGGGUCAAGUAGGUCAAUCACAGGCACUCGAACUACGACAACAUACACCCACCUCCUAUGAAGAAGAACAUGCUUCUGAUCAAAAUGGUCAUCGAACUUUUGCAAAGCCACAGACGGGUAUUAACAAGCCUAGUAGUUUGUUGUCUGGAUCUCUUCGGGACAGCAGUCACAGCAGGCUUAAAGAUGAAGACAAUCUGACGUCUUCAAGAAGCUUUACUGCAUCAAUUAGCCAGCAGCAAUCACAGAACGAGAAAUACAGACGGACGAAGGGGCGCGGGCCAGGCUUAACUACAGCAACACACGCAAAGGUGCCGAAGAGUAAUUCUGAAAAAUUAUUUUUAGGCGGGAGCAGUCAGGAGCGAGGCUACUCGGCACCUACUGCGUCGUCGCGCCGCCGGCUCGAUCGCGGUCGUGUGCCUAACUAUGACGCUGCGGCAACGAAAGAGGUGCUUCAAAAGAGUCGCGAGACACUUGAUCCAGGAUCAUCUACUGUGCGUCGGGUAGUGCCUGUCGUACCUACAACAUUGUCGAGACGACAUUUCGCCAGAGUACUCCCCAGAAGCAGAAGCCCGAGGAAGGCAGGUUACCACACAACGUCCAGAAGUGUUUCUCCCGCGCCUUCGACAAAGCUGGCAACAUCGACGCGCGCUGAAGUAGAGCCGGACGUGUCUGGUGGAGAACCUCGUCAAACACAAACUUCUGAUAAUCGCAUACGACCAGCACCUGCUGCUUUGACAGUGAGUCAGGAAGUUGUAAAGAUGAAUGAUCAUGCAACUUCUUCUGCACCACAUCAUGCUGGUCAUGGUGAUGCUAGCACCCAGCUUUAUGCUUCAGCUUCUUCGUCGGGCAUUGCGUCUUGUUCAGUGCCACCACCUCCGACAGGACCAACACCAGCGCCUCCAUUUUUCGUUCCGCCAAAUGCGCAGCCGGUUUUUGCGUCGGGCCAAACAACAAGAAGACAGCCAGCGUCGUCUCACCAGGUGGCUGUGCUGAGCAACGUAGUCGGACCAUCAACAUCUGUUCUCGGAGGUUCUUCAUCUUCUUCCUCGUCUACUAGUGCACACCCUGAUCAUGAUCCAGUAAAGGAAAACCGGACCUCCAGCCAGACGCAGCAUGUGUCAAAAGUAAGUUUGGUGGCUGAGGUAGAAGUACGUCCAGGUCACUGUGAGACUUUUCGAAUCGCUCCAGGGCAAGAAAUAGUCCGUGAGGUCGCUACAUUCGCGCACAUGCACGGUCUUCCAGACGCAGCGGCGCGAAUCCUUUUGAGAAAAGUCGCUCAGCAAGCAGUUGACCUAGAAAGGCUUCUGGAUUCGCAAAAAAAUGUUGGGAGUUUGAUGUCCUCAUCGUCGUCGUCCCCAACUGGUGAGGUCAUUGUCUACAGCCCUCGACCAAAAGCUUCUCCUUCUCUUACUGCCGACAUCUUCAAAAGUAGAACGAAUAUUAGAAAUACUAGGCCAGCAAAUGAAAAAACAGCAAAAGAAGGAGAUGAGCAAGCUUCAUCGAAGCCGAAGCAAGCUGAAGUUGACGACGAUGGCGUAGAAGUUUUGCGUUCAUCUUUGUCUCCCCUGCCCAAGAAGAGACCGGUGCGGAAAGGUGGAAUGCGACGUCAGAGCACAACUAGCGGAGCAAUUCGGAUAGACACUAGUUCUAUUCCACGAGGACGUGUCCGGGAUAUGACUGCGACAAGAACGUCAUUGGACGACGUGCCUGCAAAAGGUUUGGACCGUGUGGAGGAUGCUCAAACAGGAGGAGCACCAGCGGUAGGUGGUGCUUCACACUCGAUUGGCAGGAGAGCACGGCAUCACUAUCAUCUUGCUGGUGGCGGGGCCACGACCUCGUCAUCGAGUAAAACCAGCACGACAAAGCAAGCUCAAAUGAGGAGUCGGCGACCAAUGGGGCACGUUGAGAGAGGAGCCAUGCAGCAGGCGCGGUUACAAAGGCGAAAGUCUUCACCACAACCGCGGUACGACAUUGGAGCUGGUCCGGGAAGACGAAAGCAGGCAGAUGCAGAACGAGAGGUUGGCAGAUACAAGAAACCUAAAGACGGCCCAUUUGACGAGGAGGAUCAGGCGAAGGGGUCGGGUGCGACACGAGAAUCGAAGUUCAGUAUUUUCGAUCUCGAAAAAAAUGGCGCCAAGAAAAACAACAUGAUCAAUGAGGGCAAUGCCAAUGGCCUCCCCGUGUCAAAAUCUACGGCCGCUCCAAGCGGAAGCGUUUCCGCCACAGACGUCGAGGAUAAUGGUUCCUCUGUUCCUCAUGGACGUGGACCACGACCUGCACCUGGGGAGGGGCACCUACAACCUCAAGCUCAACAUAGGAUAGUGGCGGAGGACGGGACUGAGCUGUCUGCAGUUGAUCGAAGAGUGAUGCUUCCGCCACUCCCCCUGCCACCAAUGUUGUCAGCCGGCUUUUCUUUUUUCUCAGAGCAACAAUCACACGGGGGACAUGUUGCGAGUACAGGUACAGUUCCGCGUGGGCAAUACUCCAAGUCGACGGCCGCGAUGCAUGUAGGAGCAUCUCUGAGUUUUUCUGGGACGUCACUGGGUGGGAGCACGCCUACGCCGGUCGCCAUACCAGCUCAGCAGUACCUCUUUCCGAAGCCGCCAGCGCCGCAAAACCCAAGUAACACGAAUUCGCUGGAGAUCAAUCCUGCGGCAGCCACCUCGGCUUCAUCUCUGUUAUCGUCGGUGUACUUCCACAACGACAAUAAUUUAACUGAAGAAAGAGAACACGUGGUGCAGGAAGGCGGCCAGCAUAUCAAUUACAACGCAGCUCUUCAUCAGCCUUCAUCACAUUGUAGAAAUGCAGCCAGUUCUUGUGCACAACAUCUUCAUGACCACGAGGGCGCUCGCGAACAUCGCGACUCUAUGCCUCCUGAAACAGGCUUUGCUGCAAGCGCGAAGAAGAGCCAAACCGGUCGUUACUUGUCUUCUGGUAGAAGUGGCAGUGGUACCCAACAGCACCAGGAGGAGCGGUUUUUUUUCGACCACGACCCGCGCGAGCAGGAGGAUAUCAUAGACCAUUUCGUCGCUUUGUCGUCUCCGUCCGACAGCAAUGGAGGAUCAAGAGGAGGAGUAGACGUUUCAGGUCUAGAGGACCUCCACAGCGUCAGGAGUGGAGAAGAGGCCCUCUGCGAGUUAGAAGUGGAUCUUGGCAGGAACCGUGGCAGUGAGCUCAUUCUAGUUCGUCGGGAUUUGGCUAGCAUGCGUGCGACAGUGAGGGCAUUGCGAAGGAAGUACCCAGAUCUGUCGCACGAGGAAGCGGAUUGCCUGCUAGAGUAUCUGCAGACUGUGGUGCCCCAUUUAGCGCGCGGGGCAGCGGCGCUAGAGAAACCGAAACCAGCGCCGCCACCUUGGGGGUCAUCAAUCGAUCCAUCGUCGAGCCCCAAAACUCGAGCUCCGAGUCCUCUGGGGCACGACCGGGACCGGCUAUUCACCAGAGAUCUUCGAAGCACCGCAAACGCUGCUAGUAGAGCUAGAGUAGACGUACAACCGGCACCUACUCUAGGAAAUAGCGAUCCUCUCUUUCAUCCUGGUGACUACAACAGCGCCCAUGCACCACGCCUGCAAGAUAGGAGCACGACCAGAAGCGAGAAUUAUAAUGGAACGAGACCAACAUCAACAGGAGGAUUGUCAUCGUCAUCUGCUGUCUACGACCCAACCGACUCAGCCAUCGACGAAACAAGGAUGAAGGCGGUCAACCCUUCGUUGGCCACAGCGGUAGGAGCUGGACUGCAAAGCGAGCAUUUUCCUGCUAAGAGAAGACAAGAGGGGGAGGCUGGUACAAUCUACUGGUGACUUCUCGUCGUAAGACAGUACGACGUAAGAGGACCAUCUUGGUAUUCCAUUUGCUUUUCCAUGAUUGUACUCCUGUUCAUCAUACCAGGUCCUCUACCUUUCUCGUCGGGUUAGGCGGGGAGUUUUAUGGCGGCGGAGAUUAAUACUGUAGGUUGAUCCUGUAGGUUGAUCCUGUAGGUUGAUCCUGUAGGUUAAUAAUAUUUAGGUUAAUAAUAUAGGUUAUUUUUUUGUUAUGUUUUUUAUCUAUCAACUUGUAAGAAUUAUUACGACGUAGUACAGUUGUUGCAAGCUGUACCAUCGUACCAGUACGCUGAGCCAUCAUACCAGGUCCUCUACCUUUCUCGUCACCGGUUUCGCCGACGCCUGACGAAGCUGAGUGCCCAUCGGUUAAUGAUGCUUCCGCGGCAACGGAUGCCAAUACUUUGCUUCACUCUGCCACUAGUGCAACUAGUGUUCCGACCGCAACCACUUCUCUAGUAGGCCGACUACUUCACGGAUUUUUCUCCGAUCAUGGUGCUUCUGCAUCGACGUCGAACGGAAACGGGUACGCGUACGGGAACCAAGAAGGCCAUCCUCCGGCAAGAAGACCGAUGGCUGGGAGGAUGCCUAAGCAGAGGGUAGACAAUUACGAUCAUGAAACGAGGUCUGCAAGGGGCAAUGAGGGAACAACUGAUACCGUUUUCGAGGUCGAAGUCGACUUGGGGCGUGGAAGAGGCAUGCAGUUGAUCAGAAUCAGACGUGGGGAGACGGCUGCAGCAGUUGUAGAGCGGAUUAUCCAAUCCAAAAGCCUACGCGAAGAUGAAGCUAGCUGCUUGCUGGAGUAUCUCGAGCAGCAAAUUGCUGCGAGACUUUAGAAGAAAUCCAGUGAACAAACGUGUUAGAAGAAGGAAUUUAAUUAGCAUUUUUUUGGGCCAUAAUCUUAAUCUGUUCUUUUACCCUUUUUUCAUCCAAACGUUGGUUUUUCUUAUACGCAAUCACCGAAACCCAAAGGGCUUUCUAGGGCUGUCGCUGUUGUUUUGUUGUUUUCUACAUUCGUGGCGUUUGAUCUUCGAUGACUUCGUGUAGUUUUCGUUCCUUAGUUACUCAGGGAUAUUAGAGAUCGAUAACCUGGCAAUUUCCUUCACGCGAAAGCUUGCAGGUAGACAAGAUAGAAAAAAAUGAGCAAGUGGGAUUCGUCAUUGAAACUUUGAUAAAGUAAAUACCAUUGCUAAAAAGAGGAAAAGGCAGCUUGCUAGGCACUAGCAU